GUUGUGCAACAUUUGCAAAGCAGAGUUGAGUGAACAAAAUCUGCUUGCAUGCCAUACUCCUCACAUAGUGCUCACAGACACACAAGCUCACUAUGGAUGUACAGAUAGGUCCUCUACUCUGUCUGCUGGUGUGGAUGAGUUGUGUUGUUCAUGCUAACAGAUUUCUAAUUACAGCUCCGAGUGUUUUUCACGUUGGGGUGAAAGAACGUAUAUCGAUUCAGGUGGGAAAGACAUUGCACGGGAGGCCUGUGUCCUGUCGGUUAGAAACUGAGGAUCGUGCUCCAAUGUCAGCAAGGCAAAGCAAAACAAUCGACAACAAUGGACAGAUUGAGACAAUGGAGUUAGAGAUAUUUGCAAACAAGCUUUCAAAUCUGAAAUGGAUCAAUGAUGAGCCUCCCUACCUCAAUUUGGCUUGUGAAGUCGGAGGUGAGACGCGAAAGACCCGGGUCCUGGUCUCUCAACAUAGUGGCUACAUCUUCAUUCAGACAGACCAGCCUAUAUACAACCCUUCAGAAAAAGGGACAGAACGUGGAACGGUUUACUAUAGGAUCUUCGCUCUGGAUCACUCCAUGAGGCCAAAAUCAGACUACAUUUAUGUGUCUGUAUUUAAUGCUGAUGGAAACAGAAUCAAGAAAAAUAAGUUCAAAGUUGAUGGCAUUCUGAAAAACAAUUUUCAUAUUCCUGAUGUUUCAAAACACGGUGUUUGGAAGAUAACGGCGUAUUACGAAGGUGACGAGAAAAAUCCUGCAGUGCGUGAAUUCAAGGUCCAAGAGUUUGUUCUUCCUAGCUUUGGGGUUUCCAUUCAGCCAACGAAAGCCUUUCUGCUUGUGAAUGCUGAGAAAUUUACAUUGACCAUUCAAGCUUUAUACACAUAUGGAAAGGCCAUUGAUGGUGGUUUUCACUGUCGAUUUGGAGUAAAAGAAGAAGAGUCGGAGAAUAAAGGGCAAGAAAUCCAAUUCUUUAAAGGAAUGGAGAAAAUUGGAUCUAUACAAAAAGGCCAAGCUGAGGUUGAACUUAAUAUCUCAGAGCUAAAAUCAAAGCGCAAACAAUUAAAACUAGAAGAUCUGGCAGAAAAUCGGGCUCAAUUCUACAUUGCUGUCACAGUCACAGACAUUUUAAGUGGAGAGGUACAGGAAUCAGAAGUUUUUCUUCCUAUUGUUCGGAGCCCAUACAUUGUGGACCUAUCUCGGACAAAACUGUACUACACGCCUAAAUUUCCCCUUGAAGUUGUGGUCAUGGUUCAUCAACCGAACGGUUCACCGGCCAGAGACGUCCAAGUUCAAUUAGACGUACCGAGCACCAAUGAGAAGUCUGUCAGUACUACAACAAACAAAGAUGGAAUAGUGACUUCUUCUUUCAACUUGAAAGAAACACCACCUUCAAUAUUAGUAACGGCAACAGUAGAUGGUAUCAAAGAAACACGAGUGGUGCGGCCCGUCCGAUCGUCAGGAAGCUUUCUGUAUCUGAGCGUGACAAAUAAGAUUCUGUCACCAGGGGAAUCUAUGGAGGUUACUUUUAAUGUCGCCGGAAAUCCUGAAGAUGGACAAAUUUAUUACAUGAUUCUCAGCAGAGGCUCACUGAGAGAAACAAGCUCUGUCGCAUUAAGUUCUGUGGUAAAACUCCGCAUCCCCAUCAGCUCUCUGAUGAUCCCAUCGUUCAGACUGAUCGGCUUUUUCUAUGACAUGGGCGGAGACAUCAUCGCAGACUCUCUGUGGGUUGAUGUAAAGGACAUGUGUGAAGGAAAGCUUGAGCUAAAAAUGGAUAAUAAGCAUGAUAGUUACCAGCCAGGAGAUUCGGCUGACCUAGAAGUUGACGUAGGAACACAGAAAGGUGCAACUGUGUCCUUACUUUUGGUGGAUAAAGCCAUCUAUGCUCUGGGCACUCAAAACAAACUCACUCCAAAACAGGUGUUUGCCUCCAUGCAGUCGUAUGAUCUUGGGUGUUCAUAUGGGGGUGGGGAGAAUGCAGCUGCAGUUUUGAAUGAUGCUGGUUUGACCUUCAUUUCACAUUCGACUACAAUCCGCUCAAUGAUGAGAAAAGGUUUCAGCUGUAAAUCUGGGUUUAGACGAAACAGACGCUCUAUAGAUAUUCAAACAGAAAUGGCUAAUAAAGAGGCCGCUUUUGAUGAGGAACAACAGAGGAAAUGUUGUCGACAUGGCUUUACUCAGAUUCCAAUGAAACUCACUUGUGAAGAAAGAGCAAAACGAGUGAGCAAACAGGAAAACAAGAUAUGUGUGGAUGCCUUCAGAGAGUGCUGUGAGUUUGCUAACAAUCUAAGAGACAAAAAAAGAAAAGAGGACAAAAUGAAAGGACAUGCUCGAAGUGCUAAUGCUGAUAACAUCGAAGACUUCUUUGACAAUGAAAUACAAACUAUUCGCAGGAAUUUCCCCCCAAGCUUUCACUUUGUAGACUUUAAAGCUGAAGGAAAAGUUAGUCACAAAAUCUAUUUACCUGACUCGAUCACGACUUGGGAGAUCCAGGCUGUCAGUUCAUCUCAAUCACAUGGUUUCUGUGUGGCAGAGCCUCUUGAUCUUCGUGUAUUUAAGUCACUGUUUCUGUCCUUGAGGCUUCCCUAUUCUGUAAAACGUUUCGAACAGCUGGCUAUAGUUGUGGUGGUCUUUAAUUAUGGCAAGUUGGACUUGGAGCUUGUGGUUCGCAUGAGGCAAGCAGAUGGUCUUUGUUCACCUGGGACGUCAUCCUAUGUCACCAUUAACCUGGAACCAGAGUCUUCCCAGACUGUGACUUUCUCUGCUAUUCCCAUGAAAACAGGCGAAAUCCCAAUCAAUAUUGAACUUUAUGACAUUGAAAUUAAAUCAUCAGUGGAUUCCAUUCAUAAAAUGCUCUUUGUCAAGAAUGAAGGAGUUGAAAUAAGAAAUGAACAGACUUAUGCUUUUAAUCUGAAUGGUAAAAGUGACAAGUCCAUCUCGAUCAAUGGAGUUUUUCCAAACAACAGAGUCCCUGAAACAGAUGUCAACCUGUUUGUCAAGUUAGAAGAAGAUGGAUUUGGAAACUCUACUGCUGUUCAGCUACUUUCAGCAUCUAAAGUUGAAAAUCUGAUCAUGGAACCUCUGGGUUGUGGAGAGCAGACUAUGAUCAGGAUGUCUCCUACUGCUUUGUCAGUUCGUUACCUGGACAAAAGUGACGGCUGGCGUCAUCUGAAGGCAGGGUUUAGAGACAAAGCACUGGAUUUAAUUGAAAAAGGUUAUGAAAGGAUUUUAACAUUCAAAAAGCCUAACGGCUCAUACGGAGCUUGGACAGACUAUCCGUCAAGUACCUGGUUGACCGCACUUGUGGUCAAAGUGUUGUCUCUCGUGGCUGACCGACAGAUAGAAACCAAAGAACAGCAAGGAACAGCAGAAAAGGACAUUUCAAACAGGGACAUCCAGCAAGCCGUCAAUUAUCUAAUUGAGACGCAGAAUCCGGAUGGGUCCUUUACUGACCCCGAACCAGUUAUUCAUCGGGAAAUGCAGGGUGGCAUUGGGGGAGUUGACCAAGAUGCCUCUUUGACAGCUUUUAUCACCAUAGCCCUCUGCCGCUCCAUGCCUUUUCUCCUUGACAAAGAACAAAUUGAUGUGAGGAACCGAAUCUCUCGUGCCACUGAUUUCCUGUUUACACGAGUUGAUGAUCUGAAAAGACCUUAUGCCUUAGCCAUUACAGCAUACUGUUUGUCUACCUGCCUUCCUGAGCAAACACGUGCAAUCUCAGCUUGGGAGAAACUUAAAAGUCUAGCAAGUAAAGUUAAAGAGGGCGAGUGUCUCGCAUGGGGAGAUGAUGACACUCUGCGACUGAACAACGAGCAGCGAGGUUACCUGGUUCCCUCUGGAGUGGCACUGACUGUAGAGACCACAGCAUACGCUCUCCUGACCGCAGUUGCACUUAAAGACCUUGAGACAUCACACAAAGCUGCCUGCUUUUUGUCUUCACAGGAGAACUAUGAAGGAGGUUUCAAAUCAACACAGGACACUAUUGUGGCUUUGGAGGCUCUCUCAGAGUAUGCACUGAGCAUACCAGUACCACCCCUCACUAAAAUCAAUGUACAAUUCACAGUCGCAGGCAGAACUGAGAUGGAGAAGCUCGACUUUGACAACAGUGAAAAGAAAAUUGAAGCCGAAUUAAAGAGACUUGUGGGAAACAACAUAGAGGCAAAGUUGUCAGGAGAAGGAAAAGUUAAACUAAAAGUGUCAAAGGCUUUUUAUGGUUUUAACGAAAAUAGCAACUGUGCCGAUCUGUCAAUAACCGUGACUGUUGAGGGAAAAGUUGAAUACACAGCUCAGGUACAAGAAAAUUACAAUUACUAUGAUUAUGAUAACGAGGAUGAGAGGAAGGAAGAGGAAGAUUUCCCACGAACCAGCAUCGAAUGGUUUGAUGCUCGUAGCAGACGUAAAAGAGACACAGUCCAAAACAGUCAGAAUGAUGUGAUAUAUGAAGUUUGUGUUAGUCAUGCUGAGGGGAAAAACCUGUCUGGUAUGGCGAUUGCUGACAUCACUCUUCUUAGUGGCUUUGUUGCUGUCGAUGUCGAUCUAAAAAAGCUGACAAAUCUGGUUGAUAGAUACAUUUCUCACUAUGAGAUCACGAAAGGAAGAGUCUUGCUGUACUACAACGAGAUAGACAACGGCAAGAUCUGUAUAUCAUUCGAAGCCAAACAAGAUGUGCCCAUUGGUUUAAUUCAGCCAGCUCCUGCUGUGUUUUACGAUUACUAUGAGCCAGACAGGAGAUGCUCUGUCCUCUACAGCGCUCCCAAGAGGAGCAAGAUGGUGUCUAUCCUGUGCUCUGAUGAUGUUUGCCAAUGUGCAGAAAAGGGUUGUUUCACAGAGAGGAAAACACUCGAGGGCAUCACUAAAGAUCAGCGCUUUGAUUAUGUCUGUUACCAGUCCAACAUUGAUUAUGCUUUUGAGGUUAGCGUGGAUGCGGUUGAUGAAGAGAGCAGCUUUAUACUGUACUCCACAACCGUUAAAGUGGUCCUGCGAUAUAAUAAAGAUGAGGCUGUGGACUCAGACAGUAAGCGAGUGUUUGUUAAGAGAAAGCACUGCAAGAGUGCGCUGGAAGUGGGCAGUACAUAUCUCAUCAUGGGGAAUGAUGGCAGUACCAAAGACAAAGAUGGAAACAUGCAGUACCUGCUGGAUUCAGAAACAUGGGUUGAGCAGAAGCAAACCGCCUCAAAAUGCUCAGCUUCGAUCAAUAAGCCUCUCUGCCAGGGAUUUAAACUUUUUGUGAAAGAGUACACAGUCAGUGGAUGUAAAGUUUAGUCUGUACCAAGCACAAAGGCUUUAAUUCAAUAUAAACAUACAUAUUAGCUUCACGUUGAUAUACAGUUCAGAUUAUGAAUCAGAACCUUUAUAAAACAAACGUGUUUUGACAGUUAUCAUGUUUCAAUGUUUCCUUUAAUAAAAGUAAAUGUACCU